CUCGCCAAUGAAAACGACUUCUAUGCUGUGACUGUAGACGUCAGCACCCUCGCGCAGCAAGUCACAGUACUUCUCGACACCGGUUCUUCUGAUCUUUGGUUUCCAAUCAGGAGCAAUCCGUACUGUUCAGAAGUCCAAAAUCGCGUCAAGCGACUUGCUGAUCGUCGAACUGAGCUAGGUACGGUAUCUUUUACUUCUGCUAUUCCUGAUACCACCAUUAUGGGAAUACCUACUGCGUCACCUAUGGAUUGCAAUGAGUAUGGCACGUUCGAUUACAACGUAUCUUUGACUUUUCGAGGAUACCGUUCUAAACCUUUCGAAAACCUGUACGAUGUUGGGUCGUACGUUCUUGGUUGGGGGCGCGAUGAGAAGUAG